AUGGAGGGCAAUACCAACAAGGCGUUGACGUUGUUACGCCUGUGCUGGCGAUAUGACGUCACAACAGCAGCUGGCCGUCGUGUGCAGUCCCUAAAGAUCAUCGGCGUUGCUAUGAUAGCAAUAACCGGUCUACUCAUUUUCGUGGUUGAAGAUGUCAAUUAUGCGAGAGAAAACAUCAGAAAAGCCGACAUUCUGAAGAAAAAUCUCGAAUCAAGUUUGCAGGUGGCUUUGUUAAUUCACCGUCUUCAAAUUGAGCGUGGUCUCACUGUGCUUUGUCUGGGAUCAAAGGGUGCCAAAGACGAGGAUAGAGUGGUUGAAAAGUUGAGCGAUGCUCGUCAUAACACAGAUAAAGUCCUGGAGGAAACAGAGUGGCCAUUUGACGAAACAGCUGAAAGGGAAUUCCUGCGUACGCCUCAAAAUUUCCGAAGGCAUUUAACGGAUCACAGGUAAGCAACCUCGUCCCCAGGGCUUUUCCCUUCAAAAAUGGGUGGGGCGCCGCCCCACCCAUUUUUGAAGGGAAAAGCCCGGGGGAUGAGGUUGACAGGUAGGAUGAGGGCUUUUACUUUAAACCCAGAGAUUACAGUUACAAAGAUGACAGCCAGUGUGUUUUGUAUAUGAAUGUAAAACUGUUCAGCGUGACAAUCAAUUUUCAAAGUUUAGGUGUGUCCAUAGUAAUCUGAUCAUAAUUAUGAAUACUUUAUACCUGCAGGAUUAAUAUUUGUUUGUCAUGAAUCUGCCAUAAAUUAUGUAGGACAUUUAGAAAUAAUUUGCCUCUUAAUAAGCGAUAAUGCUUAUAGCGAAUAAUAAUAUUAAGAAUAGUUCUUAUCUUGGUUUUAGAUAUGAAGUUGGACAAUGCGAACGCGGUACUCAACAUGAGCAGAUUGUUUUCUACACCCUUCCGAUCGAUUUGAUGUUGGACUGGUUCUACCAGAAUGUUCGCAAUAAUUCCGAAAAUAAUAUAUCUCUGGAUAUGGUUGGGUACCACAUGUUCCUUGCUGGAAAAGACAAAAUUGGAAUUGAGCGCGCCUUAGGCGGAGCAUUCUUCGCCAAGGGAUAUUUUAGAAACUUAAGCGAUCUAGUUAGGUUCGCAAAUCACAGCAUUCUUGGAAGGGAGUUUUUAGAAGCAAGUGAAACUCUUAUGCCAGAGAUUAAGACAAAAAUGAGCCAUCAUGUGAACGAAACAGUGCUGCGCUUGGUCGAAAAAAAACGAGAAGUCAUCCUUGCUAACCAACCAGAGAACGCCUCGGUAUCAAAAGGUGAACAGUGGUUUCAGCUCAUGACCUUAUAUCUUAACGACACUUUUAAAGUACAACAAAAUGCCGGAGACUCUUUAACAAAGCGCCUGGAGGUCGAACGCAUAAGGAACACAACUUAUCUGACCCAAAGAUUGGCAUAUCUCGCAGUUGCUAUACUUUUAGUACCUCUUCUGGUGUUUUCAGUUCACAGAAUGACAGGGACUAUUCAAAACUACACCUUUCAGCUUGCCCAGACAAUGCUGGAGUUGAAAGAGGAGAAGCAAAGAGCAGACACUCUCCUUUACCAAAUGUUUCCGCUUCCAGUGGCUGAAAAACUCAAGAACAAACAGCAAAUUCCAGCCGAGUUCUUUAACAGCGUGACAAUAUUUUUCAGCGACAUCGUCAACUUUACAGAAAUGUGCUCUAGUAUGGCGCCUCUGCAGGUCUGAUACACAGUGUUACUAUCCUCCUGUUGUGUUGCAAACUUCUUUACCCGUUAAGUUGAAAGUUUAUUUGAGAGAAGGACUAACGCGGAUUGAAAUACCUUAGUUGUUGUUACUAUUCUAAAACACUGAGUCGCCAGAAAAAAAGUACCCUUUCGAAUGCUAAAACUGCCAAAUAAUUGGCAAAUGUUUUGAGGGAAUUCUAUGUGGAAGUCUCAUUUGGAAUGUAGCACUAAGCUCAGGCAAAACAUUAUUCACUCGACAGUGUACCUUGAUAUUGGUUUGUUUCAACAAAACACGGAAAACACGGUUAUGGUCACAGAAAAAAUCAUGCGCAAUCGUAAACAUGGUCACAGUGAAAGUCAUAGUCACAAUCACAAUCAAAAUCGCAAUCGCAAUCGCAUUCAUAACAAAAAACACAAUCACAAACACCGUCACGGUCACGGUCGGUCACAGUCAUGGUCAUGGUCAUGGUCACGGUCACGGUCACGGUCACGGUCACAGUCAAAAUCGCAAUCGCAAUCGCAAUCACAAUCAUAACCACAGGCACAACCACAAACACCGUCACGGUCAUGGUCGGUCACGGUCACGGUUACGGUCACGGUCACAGUCACAAUAGUAAUCUUAUCCUGAUAUUCUCACACUGAUACCUCUUCUCAAUCUCACACCCAUGCCACUACACCUGCGCUAUCUUUGUCUUUUAAGGUUACAGCCAUGCUGGAUGAAGUCUAUGGUUUAUUUGACGACCGCAUAAACUUUUACGACGUAUACAAAGUGGAGACAAUUGGUGACGCCUACAUGGCAGUAUCGGGGCUUCCUCAAAGGAACGGAAUGCGUCACGUGGAUCAGAUUGCCCGGUUGGCCCUGGACUUGGUAAAAACAGUGGAUGAACUUAAUUCACCGCAGCUCCCCACUAAACAACUGUCGGUCCGAAUUGGCAUACACACGGGUAGGUCUAGGCUAACAGUGCAGGGAACUCGGGGGUAGAGGGGCAACUACCCAACACCCUCACUCAUACACUUUUAUUAUAAAAGGAUAGAGAAUUGGCCUGUCAAAAGACCUAAAUUAUAUGUUUUUCAUGGUAGCACCCCCCUCCCCUCCCCUCCCACCCCCCUGAGGCACCCUAAAAACGUAGGUCUUCUCAUCCAUUCGUGACCUUUUAAAUUGUUGUAGGAGACAAUUAGAAAGUAAGAGUAAAAAACUAUACUACAUCAUAUCUGUUACUAAAAGAAAAUCCUGUAAAAGUAUUAGUUAUUCGUCACACUCACGCGCUGUGAGGUUAAUAAAAAUGCGAGUUUUAUAUCGCAUUUCCCAAAGUUCUUAUUUACUAGUUAUAGCCAUCGCUAAGUGCCGACGAUAACAAGCAAAGUUUUUACCUAAACGCGCGCGCUGUUCAAUUUGUUUAGAAAAGUAAUGAAUUACACCGUAAUUUACGAGACUGCAGGCUGCAGGUUAGUCAUCUCAUGUCAUAUCAUGUCGGCAUUUACCGUCAUGGAAUGCACUCAUGUAUUAUACUCAUACACGCGUUCGCUCGAAAAUAAUGUAUUUUCUGUUCCGCAUUACGUCAUGAAAGUUACCUUACAGUACCGUAUGUUACAUAUCGCCUCGAGAUUCAGUUCUGCCUUGGAACUUUCGUGCACGGUCUUACUAUGCUUCUGCCUAAGACGAGAGACUGCUCGUUGGCAAUCACACCCAGGAAUUUAGGGUGUACGAGGGGACACGUGACCAGCCGAUGCUAGGGCCUGUUUUCGCCUUUUUCCCCCCAUUAGCCGAGCGGACGAGGUUGGGUAACGGGGAUAAACAUCAUUGUUAUAUUCCUAGACUUUUACUCAACUAAAGAGGGACAGCCAUUGGCUGAUUCUUGGUCACAUGUCCUUGACUAAACUCAAAUGUAUCCUGAUAGUGAUACAUUAAGCAAUGUACCCCGCUCACCCUUCUCGGGAUACAUUACAGCGCGUGAUCAAAGCAUGGUGGAAAGUGGUGCGACAGAAGGCGGGAAAAACACUGCCAGUUUUCUUUUUUGUGAAUGAACACAACAACACAAACAUGAAGCCUCAAGCUAAAAAGCAAUGAUUUUCAAAGUUAUCCCAGAUGAGGAACAGCAACUCAGUAGUGGAGGAAAAAGAUGUAGAUAAGUCAGUUUCAAGUUUUCCCUCGAGUCCAGGAACAUCAGGACUCUCGGGAAAACAACACUAACUGUUUCCCUCGGGAUCUGACAUUAAGUGUAUAUUGUUCUACGGAAUCAGAUGUAUGUAAGACAACCUGUUGUUAUUUAUCCUUUUAUUAGGGCCAUGCGUUGCUGGUGUGGUUGGAAACAAAAUGCCUCGAUACUGCCUGUUUGGAGACACAGUGAAUACCGCAUCAAGAAUGCAAACUUCUGGCGAACGUAAGGAGCCUAUUGACUAAUUCAAAUUGUUAUUAUUUACCCUUGCUUACAGUGCGGACACUAAAACUGGGACACUAGGAAUACCACAACGUUUUCUGAUUUCCAAGAUUUCCAAGCUUUUUUGCAAACGGACCAAUAAAAUUCGAGGUUGAACUAAUGCAACCGUUGAAAACUAAAAACAGUUUGAACUUACCUCACCUUUCAGGAAAAAGCCCUCAAAAUUUAUGAAUGUUAUUGGUCCGUUUGCAAAAAAAAACUUUAAGAAUCUUCUGUUUUCAGUAAACGUAAAGGUGCGUCGUGCAAACGGACGUAACAACUCCCCACAAUGUUGGAGUUGUUGGCCAACAAUGUUGCCUCCGUUUUCACGGGGCUGAGAGUUUAACCGGUUUCAAACGUUGCGCAGCAACAUCCAGACAUGCAACAGGGUGUGCAAACUGACGCAACAUGUAACAUCUAACAAUGUUGGGAGUUGUUGGCCAACAAUAUUGCGUGCGUUUUCACGGGGCUGAGAGUUUAACCGGUUUCAAACGUUGCGCAGCAACAUCCAAACAUGCAACAGGGUGUGCAAACUGACGCAACAUGUAACAUCUAACAAUGUUGGGAGUUGUUGGCCAACGAUGUUGCGUCCGUUUUCACGGGGCUGAGAGUUUAACCGGUUUCAAACGUUGCGCAGCAACAUCCAAACAUGCAACAGGGUGUGCAAUCUGACGCAACAUGUAAUAUCCAACAAUGUUGGGAGUUGUUGGCCAACAAUGUUGCGUCCGUUUUCACGGGGUUAAGAGUUUAACCGGUUUCAAACUUUGCCCAGCAGCAUCCAAACGUGCAACAGGGUGUGCAAACUAACUCAACAUGUAACAUCCGACACUGUUGGGAGUUGUUGGCCAACAAUGUUUCUUCCUUUUUCACGUAGCUCUAUGAUUGUACAAUAUUCUUUUAAGUGUUAGGGUUUGAGUGUGCGCACUGUAAUAAUUGUUGAAUUUUAAAAUCUAUCUAUUAAUAGGUUUAUUUGUUGGAAAAAAAUUUUCUUAUUCUAUCGAAUAUUGAAUUCUGUUUACAUUUGACACAUGUCUUAAAAUGUUACAGUAAUUUAUAAUUGAAGAUGGCGGAUGAUGUCAGUCAUUGACUAUUCCGGCUUUAUUAGUCGAAUAAUCAGUAUAUCACUUAUACCAAAUGCGUAAUGUCUCAUGUGUAUGUGUAUGUGUUUUUUAGCUCAGAAAAUUCACAUUUCGGAAAAUGCUAAGGAAGCUUUAGAGCAAAUUGGGAGUUAUCACAUCGUUUUCAGGGGUAGCAUGGAAGUAAAGGUAAAUUGUCAUUUUAGUUUUUUAGAGACAUUUAGUUUUGAGGGUUAUUGUGGAGAAAAUUGCGCACAGACGAACAAGUGAAUCCACACUUCCAUGUACUGGUACAAGGGAGGAGAGGGCCGUUAGUUUGAGCCUUUUGAGUUUAUAAUAUAUUAAAAUAGUUACAAAACUUAGAAGUACCAUUUAAAUGUACCCUGACGAGCUAUUCAAGAUUAUGCAGACAUUAUGGGAUAUGCAACCUCGUUCUCAGGGCGCUCUCCUAUCCCCUCCAUUACGGCCUAGGUUGUGGGAUGUAACGCGGCUAAGGACGUCAUUUAAAAUGGCCGCCAUCUGGACUGCCAUCUCAUUGGCCACCGCUUUGAUUCAACUUAAAAUCAAGUUUUAAAAACUGAGCCUUUUCCUUGCUUGAGGUCUGCUGUAAUUGAAAACUAUACUACUUAGCUGUUUUAUAGGGUUUUUUUUCAACAAAAAUCGAUUGUCUCUUGCAAUGGCUUGACCUCCUGCCACUCAACCUCAUAUCUCGUAACCAUAGAACCCAACUGUAGCCAAAGGUUACCAGAAUGUUUUUGAGGAAUAAAUAAACAGCGUUUGAUUAGAAGUUAUUGCGGCUUAAAGCCAUUUGGAACAAAACUGAAUAAUCCCCUCACGGGUGGAUGCCACCCAUCACCACAGCUACACAUACCGUAUGAAUGUCUGCACUAAAAAAAUCUUCAUAUGAUUUGUUUUAAUACUCAGGGCAAAGGUCGAAUGUCCACAUACUGGCUGAAAGGAUUCUUGGAAAAUGCUCCGAGUUUUACUCUGCAUGCACCGGGAGAAAUGCCAAUGAUGGCUUAUGUGCAGCUGUGAAACCUUUCAGCUAAAAUUUAACAGUUUACAGCCUUAAAUGUGACACGUGUCAGCUAAAAUGUAACAGUGUACAGCCUAAAAUUGAUUUUUUUUAUAGAUAUUAUUGAACUGAAAAUGUACAGAUUGCUUCGGGUCUAAGAUGUACGAUCCUACUGUAACUAAAGUAAGUCAUCACAAAAUAUCAUGAUUCCAACAGCAAUGGAGAAAGCUUUCCAACUGCAGAUACCAUAAUUUACCGUAACAGCAGUUUGGUAGAUUCCAUUCUUAUUAUAGUUAUUUAUUUAUUUAACGUUUUCUAGAGAAAAGACACACUCACAUCGAUAUAAAUAAAUUAAAGAUUAAAGGGUCACAUUCAACUUACGCUUAGUCUUGCUAGUUAUGCCGAACAAAGAGGGUAAUCUAGUGAUAGAAAAGACAAGGAAAGUUAAUAAAGUACCGUUAAAAAAAGAAAAAUACAUGAAGAAGUAUUGUGUCAGGAAAUCACGAAAGUUUUCGCUACAUUUUGUAGAAAACCUACUUGUCUUCUAAUAUAUGAGAAGCUAUAACCAAUAAAAGAAGAAUUCGUUGAAACGGUUAAAAGUGUUUGAAGUAUCUUGUGCCAGAUCUGUUGUUAAAUACUUCUUCCGUUUCUUUGGUAACAGAGAUUGUUUUUCAAUUAUUUAGUUUCUUUUGACCUGAUAAAUGCAUUCCAGAAAGGAAGGUUGGUUUCACAGCAGCUAUGCAAAGUUAAUUGGAAAAAAAAGGUUCAAAUCCCACAGGAUUCGUUUGGAUCACCAAAAUUUGUGGGACACCAAUAUGGCGAACCUGAGAUCAUGUGAAUGUCUAGGCUCCCUCUCCGUGACAUCCAAAAAACGGCUGCCAGGGAGACUAGUGAAUGUCAUGUCAAUUUCGGAUACCGAACAUUUGAUCGGCUUCGCCCGGAAGCGGUUACGUCGCGCUACGUCGUGGUUUUCCAAUGUCAGAUCACUAAAACGAGAAUAAGCCAGUUAAGAAAACUCCGGGAAAAUAUAGUCAGUUGUUAUAAACCUUUUUCUUGAACUGAAAAGGCUAUGGAAACGUUUAACUAGCCUUUGGAGAACUAUGCGUCUGAAUGACUGAACAAUGUUAUGCUAUUAAGAAUGAACGAUUAGCUCUUGCUGUAUCAAGUAUACUAAUAAGCGUGAAAUUUUUCCUGUAACGAUCAUCCUAAUUUGCAAUUCAACAGAGAAUUAAAAGAUUCAAGAAAAAUUUACAGAAGCAAUCAUUGAGAUAUUUAGCCUAAAACACAUGUACAAAACCCGUCUGCUUGUUAAAACUCACUUCCAAAACUGGUGAGAUAAAAAGUUCUUCUUUCUAACCAAGAAACACUGAAGACGAGUGCUUACCAAGAGUAAGAGAAAGUCGAAAACAGUUCUUACCAAUUUGCAACUGAUAUAUAAAGAUUUCAAGUGCCAUUGUAUCUCGUUGCGAUAAUUCAACAUACAUACUGAUACUUUCCUCGAGCAAUUUCUUGCCUCUUGAACAGUUCUUAACUCUGGGUUUCUUUUUUUUUGAAUAGCGGCUUCCUAAAGGCAGCAACUAGACGCUUGAACUGUUUACCUUAGUGUACCACACUUUGUUAUCGGUUCAAGUUGUUUCUGUUUUGUGUUUUUUAAGCACAAUACAUCAACCAAUCACACCAAACUACAAUUCCUUGGGGAGGUGUUUUGUCAAACACUUGCAGCAUGCGUUUUACCAAGUGUUACAAUUCCCACAUUUUCUGGCCGGCACACAAAUUUUUUUACCGUAGAAUCUUACUUUCAUCAUACAAGUCGGUUGUGUCGCAUUUCUCCGUCAGAAUUUUUUUGUUAACUUAAAAAUAAUGACAGAUUUCAAAGAGCAAAUGCAACAGCUAUACGCAUUAGUUUUGCAAACAAAUCUCCCCUUAAAUUUGCUAAAACAUUGUUAUUCGUGUUUUUAACAAUUUAUGCUUCGUUAUAUUUUGCCAUAAGUUCUUAAUAUUGGAAACUCAUUCAUAGUUAAAAGCUUUCACUUUUUAGUCUCGUCUCCUUUGCAGCAAGACUCUGUAAAAAUCUUAAAACCUUUUAAAAUCAUCAAAUUUCAGAAUGAUAUCUUCAAAUUGCUUUUCAAGAGAUCUUUAUGUCGCUACGACUAGUUAAAAUUGCAACUUCAGAAACAAUUAUAACCUGGCGCUUUUAAUGCGUCGCGUAAUUGCUACAUAUUAAAUUCAAGCUUCGUAGAUCCUUGCUUUUAACGUUUGUAAAAGAAUAUGAGACCUUUAAGACAACUCAAAAGUGGCGAUAAGGAUCUGUACCUAUUUGUAGUUGCUUUCUGUUUCGAGUGAUAAAUAAUCGUAUUGUCUUUAACUAUUUCAAACUAUGUUUUUUAAUUAAUCUCGAUCAGCUGUUUAGAUAAGAGGCAUUAGCGAACAGCCUCCACAUUUUCGCGAUCAACGACGUUUUUGAGGUAUGAAAAAACAAUAGAUUUUUGUUUUGUUUGUGUUUGCGAGGGAUUUGAAUCGAAUCGAGUACUUUUCACUGUUAGGUGCCCCUCCAUUUAUCAAAUUUACAAAAUAUGAAAGUGAAAAUUAUGUUUUUACGGCAGUUUUCGUCUAAAGGCAUAGAACACUCCGAGUAGAGGGGGUUGCUUUACAUGGCCUCACAGGCAGCCCAAGCGCACUAGUUGUGGGUUCGGGCUUCAGAGGUCAUUUGGUCGGAAUAUACUAGAAUUAUUAGUGUAUUAUCUGAUGCUAAAUAAAUGCAAAAAGUCUUAAAGAUAUGAAGUCUUCUUGUUUGUCUAUCUUUACUAGUAGCCUUUAAGAUAACGAAAAUCGAUAUUUCUUGCAUUAUUACAUGUGAUUCGGGCCCUUAUUGUUCGAAUUUUAUCACAUGUAUUCGAAUCUACAACGCUAAGAAAAAAAAAAUCAUGAUCACGCGAAAUAUUAAUUCAAAAAGCUCCCUUACCUUUAGUUCAUAGCCACUCUGUGUCCUACGGUCGGUUUAAACGCCGUUUAGUCGACUUUCUUUCCAUCGAAUACUGAACACUAUAAAAGAAGGGAAGGCUGGAGACCUUCCAACCGACGCUCGCCGCUCGAAGGCCAAUAAAUUCCAAACAAAGCGACCGAUCUCCCUAAAAUUGCCACCAGCCAGACCGAAGAGUGUAUACCUACCCGUUCGACGAGCGCCAGGUUCUAAAUUCGGCUGCAUGAGCUCGUGGAGCGCUGCAUUUCGCAUCGAUUCUGGCCAGCUUCGCUUCGCCAUGAUGCGCAAUCUGAACUGUUAUCCUACGAGAUUUGAAUCUUGGAGCUUGGCGACCGCGUCAGAUCGACAAAACGUCACUCUCGCGGGGGAGGGUCGUCACUUUUGCCCUAUCGCAAACCGACACCGUCCGGGAGCCGGUGCGUUUAAUUCGGCCGGAAACAGCUCACGCGUGUAUGACACAUGAAACCCAAAAACGUCCCCAACUGUCUUUUCUCCGAUUUGAGAUUUAAAUCUUGCCAAUAACGGUUACAAAAUCAGUUCGUGGCAGUCAGUUGUCUGGAUCAGUAGUUCUGUUCAAGUUCGAUAUUUCCUUUCGUAUUUUAACAACAGUUCAUUUCAGAGCUACCCUAAAAUUUAUUUUUCUUCUUCACGUAGCUUGUUUGUUAGUAAAAAUCACGUGUAUUUCGGUUCCUGUGGCGAUCGCGUGUGUCUAGCGUUUGAAGAAAGUCUGUUGAUAACGAUGUUAUCAAAAGUAGCCAGACAAUAGGAGGAUUUUCCUCCGAAGAAGAAAAGAAAAUCUUUUGGCUGUUCAGAAGAGUGGAAAAUAUGGUAAGUGAAACAAAUUCUAAUAAUUAUGUUGGUGUCGGUUUGCGAUAGGGCAAAAGUGACGACCCUCCCCCGCGAGAGUGACGUUUUGUCGAUCUGACGCGGUCGCCAAGCUCCAAGAUUCAAAUCUCGUAGGAUAACAGUUCAGAUUGCGCAUCAUGGCGAAGCGAAGCUGGCCAGAAUCGAUGCGAAAUGCAGCGCUCCACGAGCUCAUGCAGCCGAAUUUAGAACCUGGCGCUCGUCGAACGGGUAGGUAUACACUCUUCGGUCUGGCUGGUGGCAAUUUUAGGGAGAUCGGUCGCUUUGUUUGGAAUUUAUUGGCCUUCGAGCGGCGAGCGUCGGUUGGAAGGUCUCCAGCCUUCCCUUCUUUUAUAGUGUUCAGUAUUCGAUGGAAAGAAAGUCGACUAAACGGCGUUUAAACCGACCGUAGGACACAGAGUGGCUAUGAACUAAAGGUAAGGGAGCUUUUUGAAUUAAUAUUUCGCGUGAUCAUGAUUUUUUUUUUCUCUUAGCGUUGUAGAUUCGAAUACAUGUGAUAAAAUUCGAACAAUAAGGGCCCGAAUCACAUGUAAUAAUGCAAGAAAUAUCGAUUUUCGUUAUCUUAAAGGCUACUAGUACAGAUAGACAAACAAGAAGACUUCAUAUCUUUAAGACUUUUUGCAUUUAUUUGGCAUCAGAUAAUACACUAAUAAUUCUAGUAUAUUCCGACCAAAUGACCUCUGAAGCCCGAACCCACAACUAGUGCGCUUGGGCUGCCUGUGACGGCCUAAACGGUUUUACAUGGGCAAUUACCGGUCGACUCGCGUUUACCGUUUGUACAAAUCAGUUCCAUUUACCAAAUCAAAGGAUUAACUCGUGGAUUAAUUAUUUUAGCUGAUAAUGAAUUUGCAAUUACUCUACUCUACUCUGCGUCUCAAAGUUGGCCAUAGUGCUAAUUUGAAACAUUUAAAGUCCACAUGAAGACAAGUGAACGUAUCGUCCUGUGAAAGGUACAAAAUCGUAACAUUGAAAGCUCUGGGCACAAUGCAUACUCAGCACUCCUUAAUCGCAGGGACGUUCGGGAAAGAUCGAUCUACGACAAUUGUCGUUUUGAUAUCGGGCGCUCUCGUGCAAGCCGACUAAUCACGAAAGUGUCUAUACCCGGAGUGAGAUAUUUGUAUAUCGCAGUGCCCACAAUAACUCGUUCCUACGUGACGCGUAAUCCACGAGUUAAAAACGGCUGCGUAUGCCUGAGUCUGGUAUCAAAGAUGGCUUUGAAGAAGUGGAACACAGAUUUCCGUUUCGAAUAUUCCUUCCGGAAAAAUAGGGCUACCUUUUCAGAUGUUCCGUUGCGCCAGGAAAUUUUCCGUUGUAACGACCCAAACAGUCGUGUUCCAUUUACAUUCCAGCCAGACUUUCAAAAUACUUUUUGUCAAUGAUAAACAACCACCAUACUAUUUGUGAGAAAAUCAGGUUAAGGUUAUAUGUAAACAGCCCUCAACGAGGCACAAAAGUUAAAACUUUCACACAAAUUGCACGUUGCUAAAGGAACACGCGCAAUUUUCUUAAGAUAUUUAUUAAAUACAUCUAAAAGACUACGGCAGAUUUAAAUGGUGACGACCUGCUGAUAAAAGAUUUCAAAUUGAGAGGAGUAUUUAUCAUUCUUCUGAGUGACCCAGUUGCUUUCUGAACAGAGCCAAUCAGUUAAGGGUAAUUUCUAUAGUUUAGUAAGGAAAAAUAAGGUGCAGCCCUUUUAGUGCUUUUUCCCCAAAGUAAUUUUUGUUCACCGCAUGGAUGGUUCAUAUGAAAAGAUAAUCAGCAAUCAGCACGUUAUCAAUAGCAAGUGUUAAGAAAGGUUUUAAAGGAAAUAAAUGAAAAAACAUGCCUGUGUGAGACACCGCUUCGUUUUAAUUCGUAGAAAACCAAAAAUCGUUUGUGAUUAACUUGCAGAAAAAUACCCAUGUACAUAGGUGAGUGGCAGUGUAUUUCCUUUCAAUUCCUAAAAACUUUUUUUCUCAUGUUACAUAUUUUCCAAGGUGGUUAACAUUGGUGUUUAUCAUAAAAACGCCAAACCUACAGAUGCUCGGCACUUGCACUUAUCGUGUUAGCUUACGUUCAAAUUUUAGUUUUUACAAAAACUAGUCACUGCCUUGAUCCUAACUCAGAAAAUUCGUAUUGCUUUUUCUUUUAAUUAGUAAUUAAGGGUAAAGAUAAAAUAUUAAAAAAUAUUUCGUGGUCGGAGAAUAUGGUAGGAAAUUACCUUGAUUUUCAAUGUUGUUUUUAUAGAGCCACCAAAAAAUUAACUAGAAUUUGGAUCAGCAUCUCCAACUUCUAUCUCAUUCUUAGAUUUAAUUUCCUAGUAAUUAAAACAGCGGAAUAUAGGUAUCGUUUGUUACUUUCGAAACCUCUAUUAUCACGGUUGUCUCAACACAGCGGAACGGCGAUACGCUGAAAAGUUUUUCUCCAAGGGAAAAUUGCCAAGAAUAAUAUCUUAUGAUGUCUUAUCUCGCAAUCAAAGCAACCUUCUGUCACCAAAUUUUUCCAGAAAGUGUCUGCGGAAUAAAUGAACAGUAAAUGAAUGGAAGAGAGACGGUUUUGAAAAUUUUAUUUUUUUUUAACAAACCCGACGAGAAAGCCUUAUGAAGGUGUAAUUAAUCACCCCGCCAUCUUGUACUUACGCAGAGAGGUAUUUUUGAUUUAUAAAGUACGUCUGCAGAUACAGUGAUGUGUCUGACGCCAGAUUGGCUUGUUCUCAUGGCAAUCAUGACGUCAUAUAUAGUAAUGAUAGCAUCCAAAUAUCACCAAUAUGUUUCCAUAAUGUGACCGAGAAAAAAAAGGGUCAACUUGAUAUCGAAAAGUAGAGCUAUCUGAUUGAGAUCGUUUUUAAAAAUCGACUAACGUGAACCUUGCAUGCACAGCGAUUGAGAAAUAAGUAGAACUUGCACGUUGAUUUGUCUCGAACAAUAUCAGGAGAUCAUAGUUGCUGAUGGCUUCCUCUAUUUUAUGUAGACAAAAUUAAAAAUAAAAAACAAAAUAAAAAUAUCGCCCACUUUUGAUCCCUCUUUUAUACAUUCACACUAAUGGUUUUGUUACUUGUUUGGUAGUAUUUACCUCCAAAAUGGCUUAGUCUUGAAUGCAUGACGUCAUAUCCUGUCCCCAUAAAACCAACUGCCUCCAAAUUUCUUUUAAAUGUGUCUGAGCGAAAAUAUAAUCGAAGGGAAACUUUGCAUACGCAAUAAAUUUAGUAAACAAGGUAGAACGUGCACCGUUUAUAAUUAUUUGUCAGAAACAAGGCAAGGAGAUCUGUUAAUUGAACCCAAUUCCAUUGAGGCAGGUAUUAACGCAUUUAAACUGCUAGUUUUGGUAGCAUAUAAGGUGUAUUUUUUAAUGGAGGGAUAUUUUCUGCAGUUUUAUCAGUUGGCAUAUUUCCAACAAAAUGAGCGCACCGUCGGCCUCAGGUUUGUAGCCAGAUGACUAUUUCGAGCUACUGACGUAAAAUUUGGAGUCUUUUACUUUAUCUUUAUCUUUACCUUUACUUAAAAGCAUUUUGGAAACCAAAUUUCUGUAGAUCAGUAAUUGAAGGCUUAAAAAGUGGGAUGAACAGCCACUGUGGCAGAUCCAUAAAAGACCUGGUGAUAUAUUCGAAAAAAAAUACGAAUAUUGAAUAACUGACCACAGCUGGUCGACUUAAUUUGAAAAACAAAAGUUCUGGAGUACUAUACUUAACUAGACAUAUCAGUAUCUUUUAGGAUUAAAUGCAUUUAAUAGAUAAGUCAGUUGAAAGCUCGUUAUCUUGUAGCAGGUAGCCACUAAUCGAAUUCUUCUUUUAUCAGUAUCGUUUAGGAUUAAACGCAUUUAAUAAAUUAGUCAGUCGAAAGCUCGUUAUCUUGUAGCAGGUAGCCACUAAUCGAAUUCUUCUUUUUGCAUUUACAUUCCCAACCAAUUUACUUUUUUACCACAUAAGUGAAACGAAAACUAUGGGGGACGAUACAAGCAGGACUUUUACGUUAUUACGGUUGUGCUGGCGAUAUGACGUCACAUCAGCCGCUGGCCGACGUGUGCAAUCGUUGAAGAUCAUCGGCGUUGCCAUGAUAGCAAUAACCGGCCUCCUCAUUUUCGUGGUCGACGAUGUCAAUGAGGCAAGGGAAAACAUAGAAAAAACCGAAAUUCUAGAGAAAAACCUCAAAUCAAGCUUGCAGGUGGCUUCUUUAAUUCACCUUCUUCAAAUCGAGCGUGGGCUGACAGUGCUUUGUUUGGGAUCGAAAAGUGCAGAGGACAAGGAUAGAGUGUUCAAAACAUUGAGCGACGCUCGCAACAAAACAGAUGAGGCUCUAGAUAAAACAGAUUGGCCAUUUGAUGACACAGCUGAUAUCGAAUUUUUGCGAGGGGGUGAAAAGUUCCAAAGGCAUCUAAAUGAACACAGGUAAGCUACAUCUUAUUCAUUCAAUGAUUCAUUCCUUUCACGGGUUAAGAUGAACUGAACAAGUUAGCCUACUCCCAAUGUAUGGGUCUACAUAGCUAAGCUGGCAGAGCACUGCAGCACUAACGCAGAGGCCUUGGGCUCGAAUCCCUUUAUAGACUGAAGAGCCGGAAUUUUUCUCGGGUUAAUUUGCAAUUGCUUAAAUUGUAACUACCACUGCGACGAUCAUAUACUCAGGUACACCGUUGGCACCUGUUUCUAAACUUAUUAGCUAUUGUUAACUUUGAAAUAUUCAAAAAUUAAGAGGCGCCUUAUUUCAUAGUAGGUGAGUGGGGAAGGGGAGAAGGAGGGAGGAAGGGGGAUCCAAUCUUCCCGCCUCCGCUUUGCGUUCUUUGCAUUCCCGGAUCCCGCCCCUUUUCAUGGCUUCCUCCUUAUAGCUCUUUUUCGAUUGUAAAAUAUCAAUUGUUGUUGCGUAAUUUUCCGUCUAUUUCUCCCUCUUGCUGCCCUUUCAAAACUUCCCCCUCCCACUCUCUCCUCUCCUGCCUACAGUACCCUUCCCUUCCCCCCAUUGGCCAGGGCUUCAGCCCCCGGCCGAUUCUCCCGCGCUCCCACCUCAGGUCCUCCCCCAGGAGUAGAGGGAAAGUACGUUAUCCCUACUCCCCUAUUUUCUUGAUAAAAGCUGCCUUUGUAGCAAAAUAUUCGGUGCGAAUGACAGAAUAAGUUAACGAAAAAGACCUUAAUUUGUAGUCCAUUUUCGUUUAUAAUCGGAACUAUGCGAGCUUCAAUCCAGUAUCAUCAGUAUAUUGGAUUAUUAAUUAAUAUGUUUCAUUUUCACCUCAGGAAUCAAGUUGGCCGAAAAUGUGAACACGGGACUCAGUAUGGACAAAUUGAGUUUUACACCCUUCCAAUCAACUUGAUGCUGGACUGGUUUUACCUCAACGUUCGAGAAAAUUCCGGAAACAGUAUAUUUCUGGAUAUGGUUGGCUACCACAUGUUCCUUGCUGGCAAAGAGAAAAUUGGAAUUGAGCGGGCCUUGGGCGGGGCUUUCUUUGCCAAGGGACAUUUCAGCAAUUCAGGCGAUCUGGUGUGGUUCGCAAAUCACAGCAUUCUUGGACGGGAGUUUUUAGAAGCAAGUGAAACUCUUAUGCCAGAGAUUAAGACAAAAAUGAGCCAUCAUGUGAACAAAACAGUGUUGCGCUUGGUCGAAAAGGAGCGAGAAGUUAUCCUUACUAACCAACCAGACAAAAACUCGGUAUCGAAAGGCGAACAAUGGUUUGAUCUCAUGACUUUAUAUCUUAACGAUAUUUUUAAAGUACAAAAAAAUGCAGGGGAUUCUUUAACUAAGCGCCUGGAGGUCGUAGAAAAGCACAACACAGCAUAUCUAACCCAAAGACUGGCAUAUCUGGUGUUUGCUAUUCUUUUAGUGCCUCUUAUUGUCUUCUCAGUUUACCGAAUGAUAGGAACUAUUCAAAACUACACCUUUCAGCUUGCCCAGACAAUGCUGGAGUUGAAAGAGGAGAAGCAACGAGCAGACACUCUCCUUUACCAAUUGUUUCCUCAUCCAGUGGCUGAAAAACUCAAGAACAAACAGCAAAUUCCAGCCGAGUUCUUUAACAGCGUGACAAUAUUUUUCAGCGACAUUGUCAACUUUACAGAGAUGUGUUCUGGUAUGGCACCUCUGCAGGUCUGAAGUAUUUUUACUAUUUUUGUUAAGCUGCAAACUUUUUUUAUCAGUUCAGUUAACAGUUUAUUUGAGGGAGAGAAACAGAGAAGCAGAAAUACCUUAGUCUUUUUUACUAUCUGUAAAAUAUAGUAGUUAUAACUACCCUUUUGAAUCCUAAAACUGCCGAGAAAUUGGCAAAUGUUUUGAAAGAAUUCUUGGAAUAAUCCCAUAAUACCCCACUCAUAAAGAAUGCUAAGAUCAGGCAGAAAAUUAUUUAGAUAGUACCUUGAUGCACAGAAUAAUUUCUUAUCAUAAUAGUAAUCCAAAUCGCAAUCACGAUCACGAUCACAGUCACAAUCACGGUCACGGUCACAAACACAGUCGCGGUCAUUGUCACAAUCCCAAUCACAAUCAUAAUCAAGGUCAAGGUCACGGUCACAGACACAAUCACGAUCACAAUUAUAAUCACAGUUACAACCACAGAAACAGUCACGGUCACGGUCACGGUCACGGUCAUGGUCACAGACACAAUCACGAUCACAAUUAUAAUCAUAGUUACAAUCACAGAAACAGGCACAGUCACAGUCACGGACACGGUCAUGGUCGCAGUCACAAUCACGAUCACAAUUAUAAUCACAAUGACAAUCAUAAUCAUAAUCAUAAUUCUCCCACUGAUACCAAAUUCAUCUCAAUCUCACCCUUUUGCCACAACAACUGGACCACACUACACUGUUUUUACUUUUUCAAGGUUACAGCUAUGCUGGAUGAGGUGUAUGGAUUAUUUGACGACCGCAUAAACUUUUACGACGUGUACAAAGUAGAGACAAUUGGUGACGCCUACAUGGUGGUUUCAGGGCUUCCACAACGGAACGGAAUGCGUCACGUUGACCAGAUUGCCCGGAUGGCGUUGGACUUCGUAAAAGCAGUGGAUGAACUAAAUUCACCGCAGCUCCCCACUAAACGGCUGUCGGUCCGAAUUGGCAUACACACGGGUAAGUCUAGGCUAACAGUGCUGGGACCUCGGGGAUCGGGGGCAACUCCCCACCCCCGCCCCCUUUUUAUACUUUUGUAAUAAGAGGAUACAGGAUUAGGUACGUUUUUGGCUAGUCACAAGCCCUAAAUUAUAUAGGGUGCAUUUCCGCGAGGCACCCUAGCGAAUUCAGACCUACUCAACCAUUCGCGAGCAUUUAAAUUGUUGUAGAAGACGGUUAAAAAGUAGGAAUAAAAAAACAUGAAAAUGUAUGCAUGAAAAGACGGUUAAAAAGUAGAAAUAAAAAAAAAAAAACAUGAAAGUGUAUGCAUGGAAAGUUAGCUGAAUUCAAAUAAAAGGGAACAUUUCUGGCUUUAUUUAGGCCAAAUGUUGAAGCCGUAUUGUAACUGCUUUCUUUUUAACAACAAAAUUAUAGCACUUAGGAUUCUUACCGAUCCUUACUUCUAUCAGUUUGAGAUACCAAGGGUAACGGGGAUAAACAUCAUUCUUCUGCGGAAUCAGGGGUCUUGUCAGAUAUCAGAUAACCUGUUGUUAUUUAUCGUUUUAUCAGGACCAUGUGUCGCUGGUGUGGUUGGAAACAAAAUGCCUCGCUACUGCUUGUUUGGAGACACAGUGAACACUGCAUCAAGAAUGCAAACGUCUGGCGAACGUAAGGAGCUUAUUCAUCAACUGAAUUUGUUAUUUACCCUAGUAUAAAAAUAGAUGAAUCUUAAAAUCUAUCUUAAAUGCUCUAAUUCCAUUUAAUUUUCAUUUUUUUUUUUACAUUUGCAUUAUGUCUAAAAAUGUAACAGUAAUUUAUAAUUCAAGAUGGCGGAUUUUUAAGGAAGUUUCUACGUCAUCCAUCAACUGCACCAGUUUUCAUUAGGCCAAUGGACAUUGAUCCACUAUGGCUCUUUACUGAAUGUAUUAUUAUAAUAUGUUAUGUCUAUGUAUGUGUGUUUUUUUAGCUCAGAAAAUUCACAUUUCGGAAAAUGCCAAGGAAGCUUUAGAGGAAAUUGGGAGUUAUCACAUCGUUUUCAGGGGUAGCAUGAAAGUAAAGGUAAACUGACAUUAUUGUAACUUUUAUUUGCUCAAACGCCGAUCAAAAAGACCUCCUCGGUCGCCAUUUUAUAGACUAUUCACCUUGACAUGAGUAGUUUGCUUCCAGUCUUUUUGAAGCAGCGUGUUAAAGAGACCAUUUCAAAAGCGGGUUAUCACGCACAGACUAACAAAUGAAUCCGCACUCACAUUGGGAGGGCUCAGUUUGAGCCUCCUUUUGAGUUUACAAUAUAUUAAAAUACUUAAAAAACUUACAAUUACAAUUAUUUACCCUGUGACGAGUUCUCCAAGAUAGUACAGAUAUUAUGGAAUAUUGCGCUGUUGAGGACGUCAUUUAAAAUGGCCGCUAUCUUGGCAGCUUGCUUGGCCACCAUCUCAUUGGCUACCACUUUGAUUUAAUUAAAGAUGAAGUUUUAUGAAAACAUUUAAAAAACUGAGCCAUUUCCUUGGCUGAGGUUUGCUGUGACUGAAAACUCUAUUGCUUAGCUGUUUUAUAGGUUUUUUCUACAAAAAUGGAUUGUCUCUUGUAAUAGCUUGACCUUCUGCCACUGUUGACCUCAUAUCUUGUAACCAUAGAACCCGACUGUAGCUAAAGGUUACCAAAAUGAGUCUGAGAAAUAAAUAAACAGCUUUUGAAGAAAAGAGCUUGUGACUUAGAACAAUUUGGAACAAAACUGUAAAAAACCUGUAGGGUGGCAGCCAUCAACACAGCUCCUUGACGUCAACGAUUCAAAUGUAUUUAGCAGUAACACAAAGAAUAAUGUGUGCACUUUGUUUUUUAUACUCAGGGCAAAGGUCCAAUGUCCACAUACUGGCUGACAGGAUUCCUGGAAAAUGCUCCGAGUUUUACUCUGCACACGCCGGGAGAAAUGUCAAUGAUGGCUUAUGUGCAGCUGUGAAACUUUUCAGCUAAAAUUUAGUACUUUACAGCCAAAAACUGUGACACGUAUUAGCUCAAAUGUAACAGUUGACAUCUAAAAUUGAUUUUUUUUAUAUAUAUUGAUGAACUGAAGAUGUACAGAUUGCUUUGGGUCCAAUAUUCUAAGAUAAAAAGAUCCUUCUGCAAUUAAUGUAAGUAAUCGCAAAAUGUCAUGAUUCCAACAGCAAUGGAGAAAGCUUUCCAAUUGCACUUACCAUAAUUUACCGUAACACCGGUGUGGUAAAUUUUAUUCUUAGUAUAUUAUAUUAAAUUAAAUUAUAUUAUGGUAUGUUAUAUUAUAUUAUAUUAUAUUAUAUUAUAUUAUAUUAUAUUAUAUUAUAUUAUAUUAUAUUAUAUUAUAUUAGUAUAUACACACUCAGUGAUCUUGGUGAUUUAAGCAAUCUGAUUGGUUCGCUAUCUCGGACUAUUCAACAAUAUUCACCUCCUAGCGAGUGGAUAAUGUGUGAGCUCCGUGUUUUUCCCAUUUUUUACAGAACAAUCUUUUAAAAGUCGAUAAAAUCCUAGGGCUGACUUUUUUUAAGGUAAUAAAAGACUUGGAAGGAUUCAAUACAGCGUUUUUCAAUUUACUGUAGCUGAGUUUUGUGCUCGAUGGAUUGUUUACAACUCCCGUGUAUUCGCGUAGAAGAAGCCGUUUCGUGAACUCAGCGUUUUCUAACAAGAAAAUUUUGGCUCAAAAAUCGAAGUUUAUUUAUGACAAACAAAUUCAAAAGGAAAUGUUUGCAGAAAUUCUACGUUUCAAGUUAACAGGAAAAAGAAUGAUACAAGAAGACGACGUCUUACCUCGUGCAACCGAGCCGCCAUUUUUGUCAGCACUUCAUGCGAAGAACGACACAACAAACCCUUUUGGCUAUAAACUUGGCGAGUCAACAGAAAACAACAAAGCUCUUCUUUUCUUCUCAGCUAAGGAAACAGUUCAAACUUUUAGCGGUUCCAUUUAAGCCAUUACGCUGUUGUUUGCGAAAUGAUAACUUGUGAAUUGGAAUGUUUGAUAAUUCUGCAAAGAUCUAUUUUUAAACUUACGCGUGAUUUGAUCUGUCAAUCAAAUCGUACUUUUUAAUGGUUUCCUCUCUGAUUUUGCUGAGGUCACUUCGUGUGUAUAUACUAAAACAAUUAUUCUUUUCAAUCUCGGUGAAUAGUGGCUUUGGGAAUAUUUACCUCGCCGCUUUCGCGGCUCGGUAAAUAUUUAGCCACUAUUCACCUCGAUUUCAAAGAAUAAUUGUUAAUUAUAUUAUAUUAUAUUAUAUUAUAUUAUGGUAUGUUAUAUUAUAUUAUAUUAUAUUAUAUUAUAUUAUAUUAUAUUAUAUUAUAUUAUAUUACAUUACAUUACAUUACAUUACAUUACAUUAUAUUACAUUACAUUAUAUUAUAUUAUAUUAUAUUAUAUUAUAUUAUGGUAUGUUAUAUUAUAUUAUAUUAUAUCAUGUUAUGUUAUGUUAUAUUAUAUUUCAUUUACUUAUUUAUUAUCUUUUAGAGAAUAGACACACGCAUCGCAAACGUACAAAAAGAUUUAAGAUAAAAGGGUCUCCUGGAACUUACACUUAGUCUAGUUUUACCGAACAAGGAGGAGAGUCUAAAAGAAAAGACAAAGGUAGUUAAUAAUAUAAAGUACAAUAAAAAUAGAACUGAUACAUGAAGGAGAUAUUGUUCCAAGUAAAAGCGAAAGUUUCAGCUAUGUGUUGUAGUAAACCUACUUGUCUUGUAAUAUAUGAGAAGCUAUAACCAAUAAAAGAAGAAUUCAUUGAAGCGGUUAUAGUGUCUGAAGUAUCUUAUGCCAGAUCUAUCAUGAAAUGCUUCUUCUGUUCCUGUAGUCUGAAAUACCAUCCCUCUUUUCCCCCCCCCCCCCCCCCCCCCCCAGUUCAGACUACCGUUUCUUCGAUCCUGUGGUGACAGUGUUUUUUUUUUUCUCAUUUAUUUAUUUUCAUUUUGACAUGUUAUAUGAAUUCCAGAAAGGAAGGCUGGACAUUUUUAUAUUUACAACAAGACUCAAUCACAGUAACUAUGCAAAUUUAAUUGGAACAAGGAAAAGUUCAACUCCCACAGGGCAAGUAGAUACUUCAACUGUGUACUUUAGUGCACCAUACUUCGUUAUCAGUUCAAGUUGUUUUUGUUUUGUGUUUGAAACAAAAUACAUCAACCAAUCACAACAGAAUUGUGAUUUUUUGGAGAGGUGUUUUUUGAAACACUCGCAGCAUUUUCGAGGGAUGUAGUUUACCACAACUCGGUAGUGUCGCAAUCGCCUGUAGGAUUUAUUACUAUUAUUAUUAACUUAAAAGCAAUAAAAAAGUUUUAAAGAGAAAAUGCGACAGCUAUACGGCUUUGCUGCAAAUAAAUCUGCUCUUAAACUCGCUAAAACAUUGUUGUUGGUGUUUUUAACAUCAAACUUUCCACAACUGAGUUCAAUUCUUAACAUUGGAAACCUAUUUGUAGUUAAAAGCUUGUAUUUUCUAUAGGUCUUCUCACUUUUUAUAGUCUCCCAUUCAGCAAGAGUCCUUUCAAAAAUUUUAAGAACUUUUAAAAUCACCAAAUUUCAGAAUGAUUUCUUAAAAUUACCUUUUUAAGAGAACUUUAUGUCGCUUCGACGACCUAAAAUUGACACUUCAGAAACAACUAUGACUCUGACAACUUAAAACGAUAUGUGCAAUUACUACAUUUAAAUUCAGGCAUCGUAGAUUAUCGCUUUUAAGUUUUUAAACGAAAUGAGACCUUUGAGUUGCUUAAUUAUGUUAUUUUUAAAUGUUUUGAACUAAUAGUUUUUAAAUAUUCUGGACUAGCUGUUUAGAAUCAGAGCCAAUAGUGAACAUUAAAACCUUUGUAUUUUUCAGAUGAACGACCUUUUUGUUACAAGGUGCAAUUAUAUAUUAAUUUGUUUUGUUUCGUUUUUGUUUGUGAGUCCGAAUCUAGUUUUGUAAGGUGCCCAUAUAUUUAUUUCUAAUUCAGGGACAAAACUUAAAAAUUUUACACUUUGCUGAAGGAGAACGCGAAAAUUUCUCAAGAUUUAUUUAAUACAUCUAAAAGAAGACGUGACGACUCGCUCCUGAUAAAAGGUUUUAAAUUCAGCGAAGUGUACUCAUUACUCAGCUUCAAGAAAAGUGGCCCAGUUGCUUUCUGAACAUAGCCAAUCAAUUUCGGGCAAUUUGCAUAAUUUUAAUUGAAAGUUUUAUACUCACGGUUUGUUCAUAGCAAAAAUAAGGCACAACCAACAAUUUUGGGUCCUUUUUGUGUGUUUAUUUCCUCAAAUUAAUUCUAGUUUACCGCAUGCAUGGUUAAUUUGAGAAGAUCAUCGACAAUCAGCACGUCAUCGAUAGCAGGUGUUAAGGAAAUACAUGAAAAACAUGCCUAGUGUGACACUGCUUCGUUUUUCGAAGAAAACCAAGAAUCGUUUAUGACUAACUUGCAGGAAAAUACCUGUGUAGAAAGGUGAGUUUCAGUGUAUUUCCUUUCAAUUCCUAAAAAACUUUUUUUUUUCAUCUUACAUAUUUUCCAAGCUAAGGUAGUUAACAUUGGUAUUAAUCCUAAAAACGCUUAACCUGCAGAUGCUUGGCGCUUGCGUGCAUGCCUUGCUGCGCUCAACAUUUAGUUUUUACAAAAACAAGUCACUGUCUUGAUACUGACUCAGGAAAUUCGUGUUGUUUAGUUAAAAUUAUGGUCUUUUUUAAUUAAUAAGGUUCAAGAUAAUAUAUUAAAAAAUAUUUUGUGGUCGUUCAAUGUUGUUUUCAAAUUACAGCCGCCAAAAAUAAUAAUUCGGAUUAGCAUUCCUCUAACUUAUAUCUUAUUCUUAGAUAAGUAAUUGAAACAGCGGAAUAUAGACAUCGUCACGAACCGAUUAGUAGUUUGUUACUUUUGGAACAGCGAUACGCUGGAAAGUUUUUCUCAAAGAGAAAAUCGCCAAGAAUAAUACCUUAUGAUGUCAUAUCUCGCAAUCAAUGCAACCCUUUGUGACCACAGUUUUCCAGAAAGUGUCUGAGAAAUAAAUGAAGAGUAAUUGAAGGGAAGAGAUUAUUUUCAAGGGUGCGGUUUUUUUAAAUUAAAAAAAUCGAGGAAAACGUUUUUAGUUAAUGGAGGUGUAAUUAAUCAUCCCGCCAUCUUGUACUUAAGAGGCUUAAACGCCUCAUCACGCAGAGGUAAUUUUGAUGUAUGAACUACAUCAGGUGCAGUGGUGUAUCUGCGCCCAAAUUCGCUUGUUCCCAUGGCAAUCAUGACGUCAUAUAUCGUUAUCAUAGCAUCAAAAUAACACUAAAUGUUUCAAAAUGUGAUCGAGAAAAAAAGGGUCAACUUGAUAUCGAAAAGUAGAGCUAACUGAUGGAAAUCAUUUUUAAAAAUCGACUAACGUGGACAUUGCACGGAAAAGGGUUAAGAGACAAGUAGAACUUGCACGUUGAUUUCUCACGAACAAUGUCGGGAGAUUGCUGAUGGCUUACUCUAUAUUUUGUCGAUAAAAGACAAAUAAAAAAUAGAAUUAAAAAUAGCGCCCACUUUUGAUCCCUUUUAUAUAAUGAUUCACACUACUCGUUUUGUUAGUUAUUUGGUAGCAUUUACCUCCAAAAUGGCCUAAUCUUGAAUGCAUGACGUCAUAUCCUGUUCCCAUAGCAAUCAAUCGGAACCAGAUUUUUUUCAAAAUGUGACUGAGGGAAAAUAAAAUCGAAGGGAGACCUUGCAUGAGCAAAGAUUUAGAAAAAGUAGUGCGUGCACUGUUUAUUUGUCAGAACCAGGGCAAGGAGAUUUGUUCACAGAACCCACUUCCAUUAAGGCAGGUAUUAACGCAUUCAAACUACUAGUUUUGUUAGCGGUUUGGCUGCAUAUAACGUGUGAGUUUUAAGGCCGCGGCCUUUUCGGCAUUUUUAUCAGCUGGUAUAUUUCCGACUUCAUCCAAUAACGAACGCACGGAAGCAGUUUGGAUCGGUUGGCUUCAUUCACGUCCAUAAAAAGCCUCAACAAACAGAUCUGCAGAGGUUUUUGAAGGUAUCUAGAGAUAAAUCACAUAAAAGACUUUCUUAGUGAAAACAGAGAAAAAGGCUAAUUUUGGAAAGGAUAUAUAUAAAUUCCAAGUGCUAGGAGUGAAUGAACUCCUCUUUAAAAUUUCGCCUAAAUAAAAUUAUUGAAUAAAAGCUAGACGAUCUCAAAACGUCAAUUAAAUUUGAUCGCCACAGUGGGGAGAUUAACAGCCUGUGAUCGUCGUUUGCAGUUUGUACAAGUCGUCGCUUAAGGUACGAAUCAAAUUCAAGUUCAGGCGGAUUUUUAGGAAAUUAACAAGCACUACAGCUUGCACAGGAAAAUUUGUACACAAUGCGUGCACGAAGCCCCUCAGAAAAAGGUUCUUUCACGUUGAAGAAGUUCUUAAUUAAACAAACCUUGAUGUGAAUAGGUUUAUAGAAUCGGUUGAUGAAAUUGCGCACCCUUUGUUGAUCGCAAGCUCAUCAAACGAUUCUGUAAACCCACGGACAUAAAGUUUGCUUACCCUACUUUUAAAAUUAAGAACUUAUUCAAAGUGAAAGAUCCAUUUCCUGAUAGGCUUAGUGCCCGCAUCGUGUACAAAUUUUCCUGUGCAACCUGUAAUGCUUGUUACGUUGGUGAAACACGCCGACACUUUUCCACGCGCGUGUACGAGCACGUGACUUGUCAUUGGACAGAUCCUUUCACGUUUGUGAGCAUUUACAAGUUUCAGAGUCUAGUCGUACCUCCAGUAACUUAGACUGCUUUAAGAUCUUGGACUCUGCCCCUACUAGGUAUCAAGCUAAGCUUAAAGGUCGGUACACACUGGGCGACAAGUUGCAGCAACAUGUCGCGAAGACACGUCGCAGCGACAAAUCACUUCGUGUGUACAGAAGAAUUUUUGUGAAAAUCUUUGUUCCUGCAACAGAAUUUUGUCGCAGUAACAUGUUGCAAAAAUUCGAAUCAGACAGAAUUCUCCAGUACACACGAAGCGAUUUGUCGCUGCGAUGUGUCGUCGCGACAUGUUGCUGCAACUAGUCGCCGGACCUGUACACACGGAGUGAUCUGUCGCCACGACUUGUUGCUGCAACUUGUCGCCUAGUGUGUACCGACCUUAAGGAGUCUAUGUACGGUGAUUGUUAGGUGGGAAACACAUCAAUCUGACGCUUUCUCUAUAGAUGCUUGAACGCGCGUCUAUUAAUUCCGUCAACUUUAAAAUUCAUGUAGCAGUUUGUUUUCCAACGUUACGUAACGUAUAAAUUGUAACAGGCGCGUUUUAUCGCUGAAAACUUUCAUAACCGUCACACUGACGAUGACCGUCAAAACAUAUUUGUUAACAUUAAAAAGAUCGCAUUAUUUUUGUUUUCAUUUUAAUGAUACACUAGUGAGCAGCACAGGGCAUUUUAUAGGAUACAAAAAUAAUUCAACGAUAAAAAAAGAACUAUUUUUCAGGGAUAUCAUAUAGAAGAUGAAAGUAAGGCUUUGUGGAAAACAUGUCGAAAUGAAAGGAAAAUAAAACAAAAAAUAUGCGGAAAUUGAAGAGGCAGCUAUCCUAACAUGCCAUAUAUUUAGUGAAAAAAUUGAAGUCUCGAUUUUUUUUACCUUUUCUUGUUUGAAAGUUACAGAUCAAAAGCGAUAUGGUUUUGCUGAAAGAAAGAAAGGAUAAAACGUAAAUAAAGCUUUAAACCAAAAUUAUGUAGAUCAAAGAUAAGCACCCUAAAGAUCGCGACGGACAGCUGGUCUGAUUAUAGCGGAUCACCAAAAUGACCCGUUUUUAUCUUUCAAAUAGGAGCUGAUACGCGGAAAUUCAAACGACUAUUGAAAAUUACCGAAUAGAUCGUUGUCACUGUCACGCAACAAAAAACCGUCCAGUGGAAGAAGCCAAGAGAAGGAGGUGUUGUAAAAGACUAGUAUAUAAACAAUUUGUCCAAGUCUCAGGUCCUUGUGGCCGAUAUUUUCUGAGUUGUUUUCAGAAACGUUUCACGCACCUUUGUGGAGCUUUGUAUGGAGACGCCAUAUUGGUGUACCCAGUUUUGGUCCACCCAUAUAUAUGGCCGCCGGAAAUUAACAAAAACGUCUGGAGUUCACAUUUUGUUUUUCAUAAAAACUCUGUCUUUUCUCUCGAGAACUAGCAUACUUGCGCAUAAACAUAUCUUCUAACACUUGAAAUGGUUGUACUGCUGAAAAUCAAGAAGAGAGACGUUUUUUCAACGAGACAGCAUUCCUAUUUUGGUGUCACGUACUGUAAAAACUCGGAAGUUCAAACUGCUGUAUUUUCGAAAUGAAACAUGUUACCGGAAUGGAAACUUGUACAAAGAUUUAUUUUUUGUUAAUUUCAACCUAGUGUAAAUAAGAAUUCGUAAAACCUCGCUAUUUUGACUCUACAAUUUGAUGACGUCACUGUGAAAACCAUCUAUACCGACAAAGUCGUCUUUCGUUUAAGGCAACGUACCACUUUCAAAUAUCAAAAAAUCCAUACGUAAACUAAUGGACUGGUUUUCUAAACAUUUUAUCCAUUAAAGAUUUCUCGAAUUUUUUAAACAAUUUUUAACAGAGAGCGUCCUUUACACCACUUUUAAAUCUACAAUUCAAAAGCGAUUUUUGUAUUUUGUUAAAAAUGGAUUUAUUCUCAAGCUUAGUGAACUCAAAGAGUUGAAAAAACUAAAAGCAUUUUAAAACCUUGAUUUUGUAGAUCAGCCUUAAGAAGUGGGACGAACGGCGACUGUGUAAACUACCUAUAUAUUCGAAAGAAAAAGAGGAAGAUUAUAUUAUUGACCUCAGCUGGCCAAAUUAAAUUCGAAAAUCAAAAUGUCCUGGAGUGAUGCACUUAACUAGAUAUAUGUUGUCUAGGCCAAGGAUUAAGUAAAUUAAAUGGAUUCGUAAAUUAAAAGCUCUUUAUCUUGUAGCACGUAGCCAUUAACAGAAUUAUUCCUCAAUCAUUUUCCUUUUUUUACCAAACAAGUAAAACGAAAUCUAUGGAGGAAGAUACAAGGAGAAAGACUUUAAAGUUAUUACGCUUGUGCUGGCGAUACGACGUCACAACAGCCACUGGCCGACGUGUGCAGUCGCUAAAGAUCAUCGGCGUUGCUAUGAUAGCAAUAACCGGUCUACUUAUCUUCGUGGUCGACGAUGUCAAGGAAGCGAGAGAAAACAUCAAAAAAGCCGAAAUUCUGGAAAAAAAUCUCAAAUCAAGCUUGCAGGUGGCUUCUUUAAUUCACCGUCUUCAAAUCGAGCGUGGGCUGACAGUGCUUUGUUUGGGAUCGAAAAGUGCAGACGACAAGGAUAGAGUGUUCGAAACAUUGAGCGACGCUCGCAAUAAAACAGAUGAGGCUCUAGAUAAAACAGAUUGGCCAUUUGAUGAUACAGCUGAAAGGGAAUUUUUACGCGGGGCUGAAAAUUUCCAAAGGCAUCUAAAUGAACACAGGUAUAUUGUUGGCACUUGUUUCUAAAUUUAGUAUUAACAACUUUAUUAACUUCUUUUUUAACGUUUUAUUUUAAAGUAUUUAAUUAAAAAGCUUUGAAAUGUUUACAUGAAGAAUCAAAUAGAGAACUUGUUUCCUGUCGUCGAUCUGCAUGUUGAGACGGAUGGCAAGGAUAGACACUGAUUGACAGUUGAAAAGUUGGGCCAGUUUUUUUCAAGUUUUAAUGCUAUGUCUGUCAUGUCUGCAAAAAAAAAAUAAUAAUAAUAAUUGUUGGUGCUCCCAGAUAAAAUUGUUUGGUAUCUUCUUCAUAAGUUUACAGGAGCAUUUUCAUAUAUGGGUAAAGGUCAGUACUAAGUAACGUUUUCAGCAAAGAAUUGACCAAAAAGAGCAAUAUCCAUUCCUCCGUCAAUAAAAAAUUUAUUACACGGCUAAAAAGAGAUCUCUUGCGGGAUUAACGCGGGAAAUCCCGAGCGGACAAGAGACGUUCUCUUGCCCGCUCGGGUUGAGAACACUCCCGGAUAGAGUACUAAAGUGUGACGUCAUAAAAAUGAAAUUUCUGAAAUUAUGGGAUUUGUCAGGAUAUUCUGAGAGAACAAUGUCUAAGAGGCCUACUUGCCUAAAAUGAGCAUUUCGGGGCUAAUUGUCUGUGAGAUCGUAGCCCAGUUAUGUUUAGAAAACUCCAUACAAACCCUUCAAAAAUUUUUUGGGUCGACCCCCCAAAAAAUUAAAAGGGGUUAGAAUGGAGUUUUACGAGUAUAACCGGCUAACAUCUCAGAGACAAUUUGCCCCGAAAUGCUCAUUUUUGGCAUGUAGGCCUCUUGGACAUUGUUCUUUCAGAAUAUCCUGACAAAUCCCAUAAUUUCAGAAAUUUCAUUUUUAUGACGUCAUCACCUUAGUACUAAAUUCGGCAAUAAAAUAAGUUGGGUAAUAUUAAAUUUAACAUGUCUCAUUUCGCUACAGGAAUCAAGUUGGCAAAUGUGAACGCGGAACUCAGUAUGGACAAAUUGAGUUUUACACUCUUCCAAUCAACUUGAUGCUGGACUGGUUUUACCUUAAUGUUCGAGAAAAUUCCGGAAACAGUAUAUUUCUGGAUAUGGUUGGCUACCACAUGUUCCUUGUUGGAAAAGACAAAAUUGGAAUUGAGCGCGCCUUGGGCGGGGCUUUCUUUGCCAAGGGACAUUUCAGCAAUUCAAGCGAUCUCGUUUGGUUCGCAAAUCACAGCAUUCUUGGACGGGAGUUUUUAGAAGCGAGUGAAACUCUUAUGCCCGAGAUUAAGACAAAUAUAGGCCAUUAUGUUAACGAGACAGUGAUGCGCUUGGUCGAAAAGGAGCGAGAAGUCAUCCUUGCUAACGAACCCGACAACGCCUCGGUAUCGAAAGGUGAACAGUGGUUUCAGCUCAUGACCUUAUAUCUUAACGAUAUUUUUAAAGUUCAACAAAAUGCCGGGGAUUCCUUAACCAAGCGCCUGGAAGUGGUGCGAAUGGAGAACACAACACAUCUAACCCAAAGAUUGGCAUAUCUCGUGUUUGCUAUUCUUUUAGUACCUCUUAUGGUUUACUCAGUUUACCGAAUGACGGGAACGAUUCAAAACUACACCUUUCGGCUUGCCCAGACAAUGCUGGAGUUGAAAGAGGAGAAGCAACGAGCAGACACUCUCCUUUACCAAAUGUUUCCGCAUCCAGUGGCUGAGAAACUAAAAAACAAACAGCAAAUUCCGGCCGAGUACUUUAGCAGUGUCACAAUUUUUUUCAGCGACAUUGUCAACUUUACAGAAAUGUGCUCCGCCAUGGAACCUUUGCAGGUCAACAGAUAAGUUAACGUCUUCUUACUGAUUGCUCAAUGGGGGGGGGAGUCCGGAUUACUUUGCAGAAGGAAAACUUUUAGCCUAAUUUUUUUUUUCGAAGAUGGAUUUGUUUUAGAAUUUCUAACUCGAACUAUUUGUCAAACAUAUACUGAGACGAUAAAAACAAAAUAGUAAUUACCAUUUGAUGCUUCUUGUUCGUUUACCAAAAUUUAACCCUACAUCUCUAAGCCGUCUUAAGUAUGAUGCGUGAUUUAUUACUUUGACUUUUCAGGCUUCUUUGGUAGUGCGUUCACUGAAAAGGUUUCAUUUAAUUUUUAGGGUUCUGCAAACUGACGCCACGAUAAGGAAUUAAAAAAGUAAAACUUAGGUAUCUUUUUCUUCUUCCGGGAGCUUGCUUUCAGGUUACAUUACUCAUUAAGAAAAUCAUAAUUUUAGAAUAUUCUCUUGUUUAGGUUACAGCGAUGCUGGAUAAGGUUUACGGCCUGUUUGACAACCGCAUAAACUUUUACGACGUGUACAAAGUGGAGACAAUUGGUGAUGCCUACAUGGUGGUUUCAGGGCUUCCUCAAAGGAACGGAAUGCGUCACGUGGAUCAGAUUGCUCGAAUGGCGUUGGACUUGGUGAAAGCGGUGGAUGAACUAAACUUACCGCAGUUCCCUAGACGACAACUGUCGGUCCGAAUAGGUAUACAUACUGGUAAGUCUAGUCGCAGAAUUGUGUUUUCAACGAUCAUCUUUCAAAUGGCCGGGGAAUUAAGAGCUAAUUGAUGCCAGUGAGCUUGAGAGAGGGAGAGCGACUAUGAUAACUAUGACAUUAAUUAUGCAAAUUUAUGCACUUGGAUUUUGUCUUUUGCGGCAUUACACAUUCAUGAAUGAAAAGUAAAGAUGAACAACUUUAAAAACAUAGUUGAUAUCCAAAUGACGAAGUAAACAAAUAAAAAACAUUUCCGUCAAAUUAAAAAUCAUGUGCUCAAUUAUGGGUUAAUGUAAAACUCUUUUUUCACUCCGUAAAACGGUUCAUACAACGCUCCAAGCAGUUACUUAUGCAGCUUCCAGAAUUUCAUCACACGCGUUGAAUAUCAAGAUGAGAUUACUUGUUCUCUGCUUUUUUUUUAGGACCAUGUGUGGCUGGUGUGGUUGGAAACAAAAUGCCUCGUUACUGCCUGUUUGGUGACACAGUGAACACUGCAUCAAGAAUGCAAACUUCUGGCGAACGUAAGAUACACAUUAAGUAAUUCGAUUCAUGUAUCAAAAUUCAGACAAGCUUUUCAAUCGGCUUGUUAUAACCGAAGAUAACUGAACGAUGACUAAGUAUAUUAUGUCGAGCAAAUCAAAUCAGUUUAUAAGAAUUCGUAAGAUUUUACCUUAUUAGAGAGAUUAAGAGCCACGUUUACGACAAACGGCAAACGUAAAUUUGUACCUCGUGACUAAGUUUCUCCUCAACUUGUGCUUUACUGUUCAUUACUUCUACCCCCAAAUAAGUAGCCCACAUUAGUUUGUUCUGUAACGAUUGUUUUGGACUGUGUUUAGCUGCACGUUUUCUAUUUUGAGAAAUUCUCAACUUGUCAUGAAUAUAACGUUUUGCCGUUUGCCGUAAACGUUAGUCUAAAUCCCUCUAUUACGUCAUCAAGCAAUUCCAAUUUAGAGGCUACUACAAGUCGCAGCAAUAUAUAAUAAAAGCAAAAUUAUUCAUUUCCUCUGCUAUCUGAGUCUAUCGUUUAUCCAAUCAUCAAACAUUAGAAACGUUUAUUAUCUAUACUAUUAUGGGAUAAAAGGUGUGAGAAAAUCAAAAAAUUUGAUACCUUUUCGUUUUUUUUCUUCCAAAUUCGGCUUCCUAAUUUUCGUCUUGCUUAAACUUGCAAAAAUAAGGAAAUAUUCACUGAUUUUCUUACAACUAUAGAAUCUCAAAACGACUUUUAACUUAUAUUUUCAUCCAAGAUUUUUCAUCCAAGAUGGUGUAUUACCGAGCUUUAUGACGUCAUUCCAUAACGUUUUAGCUUAAAAACGAAUGGUACUAAUUGAAAUGUACAUUCAAUGUUUAAUGUGUGAUUUUAGCCCAGAAAAUUCACAUUUCGGAAAAUACAAAGAAAGCUUUGGAAGAAAUUGGCAGCUACAAUAUCGUUCUCAGAGGUAGCAUGGAGGUAAAGGUAAGCUGUAAUUCCUGUUUUAAUUUCUUACGAAAGGCGAAUUAAGGUCGCCGGACAUUUUGUAUAACAGUUCAAUCGAUUGGGACGUGAAACAGGCAUAUUGGACGUUACCACACGAUAAUCAUUUUCUGAACUGGGAUAAAGUCCUUAAAUAACUCCAGGGGACUUUGCCCGAGUUUGCCCACAUUUGAAAAAUUGAGCAAAUUGGAGCAUGUAUUAGAAAACUAAACGUGACGACAUUUGAAAAAACAAACGCGAAUUUAUUUAUAUCUCGCCGUCCCCUAUCUUUACUUCCCAAUCAAUGUCACAUUCCUCCAAUUCCUCUAUCUUCCGUGGGAUUUCAUUGCAAGUUACCACACUAACCUCCCUUUUAAAGACAUUCCUGAGUACAAUGUGUAUUUAUUUUUCAAAUACAGAUGAGGCUACAGUUGCCAUUUAACAAGGUUUCCGAAAACUCAGAAAGAACUUUGUCGAGAGGCGUGACGAUAGUAUUGUUGCGUCUUGUUUUACUGCCACACAGCAAAUUGUUGAGCAGCUAAUUGCAGGAAAGUUAAUGUUUCAAUUAUCAUCGCUUGAUAAUUUUUUUUUUUAUUAUUAUUUUUUAAUCAGGGCAAAGGUCCAAUGUCCACGUACUGGCUCCAGGGAUUUUUGGAUAAAGGUCCGAGCUUCUCUGUGCACCCCCCUGGGGAAAUGCCAAUAACAGCUUAUGUGCAACUGUGA